GUUUCUGUUCUAGGAUGCCCGGAUCCAGUGGUGCAUGAGAUUGCCUAUCAGUACGGGAAAAAUGUAGGAAUAGCUUUUCAGCUAAUAGAUGAUGUCUUAGACUUCACCUCGUGUUCUGACCAGAUGGGCAAACCAACAUCAGCUGAUCUGAAGCUUGGGUUAGCCACUGGCCCCGUCUUAUUUGCUUGUCAGCAGUUCCCAGAAAUGAAUGCCAUGAUAAUGAGGCGGUUCAAUUUGCCCGGAGAUGUGGACAGAGCUCGACAGUAUGUACUACAGAGUGAUGGUGUACAACAAACAACCUACCUCGCCCAGCGCUACUGCCAGGAAGCAAUAAGAGAGAUCAGUAAACUUCGAGCAUCCCCAGAAAGAGAUGCCCUCAUUCAGCUUUCAGAAAUUGUACUCACAAGAGAUAAAUGACAAUUCUUCCUGUUCUUUCUGGCAGCUAUUGUACCAGACUGUGCCUAAAUAAUUUUGUGGAAUAUACUUUGUUUGCUUCAUGUGCAGAUAACCAAAAAUCAUUUUAAAAAAUAGUAUGAACCUUAUGGACGGGCAAUUUUUUUAAUGAAAAAGUUUUUUUCAGAAAACUUUUUAAAUGUAAUUCAACGAUCUGAAUCUGUCAUUCUAGUCCUAUAAAUUCUAAUCGAGGUAUCUUGAUGGUUAUAUGUGGUAUCGUUUACACUGUUAAUAUCCACAUGUAAAGCCAUUAUACAAAUAAAUGAUCAAUGUUAAAAUUUAAA